GCACUUAAAUAAUAUAGUCAGCAAACAGCAACUCAAAGGAAGGAGAGAAGAACAGUGGAAGCCGAUCAAACAAAAACAUCAGACUCCUUUGCUUUUCUUCUCUCUCUCUCUCUCUCUCUCUCUCUCUCAUACCUUCUUCGAAUGCUCCGAAGUCCGAACAUGUUGAGUUUCAACGUCGUAGAGAUGAUAAGGACCUUGUUUAAAUUAUCAGACAUUGAUUGAAUCCUCUUUUUUUUUUUCCUUUUCUAUUUGUUAUUCUUCAUCGAAUCCUCAAUUCCCCAAUUUCCAAUUCUCUGUAAUGCCAUCUGUCUGUAUCUCCAAGAGAUCGCAUGCUAUGGGGGGUGAAGCAGCACUUGCUCCUGGUUUCCGAUUCCACCCGACCGACGAAGAACUUGUAAGCUACUACCUGAAGCGCAAGAUAUUGGGAAAGCCUUUUCGCUUCGAAGCCAUCUCUGAAGUCGAUCUUUACAAAACAGAGCCAUGGGAUCUUCCGGGUAUGUCAAAGCUGAAAACCAGAGACCUACAGUGGUACUUCUUCGGUGCCCUAGAUAAGAAAUACGGUAACGGGUCAAGGACGAAUCGCGCUACGGACCAGGGGUAUUGGAAGACCACCGGUAAAGACCGUCCGGUCCGACAUAACAACAAGACGGUCGGGAUGAAGAAGACCCUUGUAUUCCAUAUUGGACGGCCUCCACGUGGCGAGCGGGCCAAUUGGGUCAUGCAUGAAUACAGGCUCGUCGACGAAGAAUUGGAGCUAGCGGGUGUUCUACAGGAUGCGUAUGUGCUGUGUAGAAUUUUUCAGAAGAGUGGUUCAGGGCCCAAGAAUGGUGAGCAGUAUGGAGCGCCUUUUAUUGAGGAGGAGUGGGAUGAAAACGAAAAUGUGCUGAUUCCUCAGGGUGAGGAUGGUGACAAUGUAUUGCUUAAUGGUGGGGAUGACAUAUACUUCAGUGUUCAUGACUUUGAACAGGAUCUUGGCAUUGAUCCAUCUCAAAGCACUCCUGCUCCAUUGAACUUUAAUUCUGGAAAUCGUUUCAACCAUUUAGAGGGACCUGGUGACCUCCUCAAAGAUGAUGAGAAUCUCAACUGUCCAGAAGAAUGGCAGGACCUUAAAGAUGAUCAGGAGUUACUAAUUGGCAUGGAUAAAAGUGAAAACUUACCAGAACUGCCUGAUGACCGAUGGUUCGCUGACUUAUUAGAACAGUAUCAGAUGGAGCCAACAGCAAUCCAAGAUGACCAUUUUGUUGAACUGAAUGAUCUUGUGAAUCCUAUGGGUGAUGAUUCCCAUGGCAUUGACCAUAUUAAUGAGGAGCUGAAGUUCUUUGAUUCUUCUGAUAGUCUACUAAUCAAUGAUGGGUUAUUCCUAGAAAUUAAUGAUCUCCAGAACCAUGUAGAGGCAGGUCCAUCAGAAUUUGAAAUGGUCGAUGAAUAUCUGAUGUAUCUUGAUGCUGUUGAGGAUGACCUAAAGACUCCUACUUUCAGUGAAUCAAUCCUCAACCUGGAGGUGAACACAGAAAUUGGAGAAGUGCUUCCUGAAGGACCUCAGCCCUUUAUAUUACAAGAUGGUGAGGAGGGUGCAUCCUCUUCAAAGCAAAAACCAGACACAACAAAGUUUUCACCAGAUGUCCAACAUGGCAAUGGUUGGGACAAUAACCUUGUCAAACAUGUCAGCCGCAUGCUGGGUUCGAUUCCUGCUCCCCCUUCAUUUGCUGCAGAGUUCCCCUUGAAAGAGGCAGCUAUUGGGCAGAAUAAAGCAAAUGAAGCUUCUAAUCCUGUUCGUGUUACUGCUGGGAUGAUACAAAUAAGUGGCAUGACUGUAAGUGGUGGUAGAAAGUGUUACUCGUUGGGGAAGAGUAAUGCAGAUCUCUUCCUUUCCUAUGGCAUGGCAAGGGACGGUGUGAUGGCUGCGGAACAGUUGAUCAACAACUCUGUUGCUCUGGAACCGAUGGCUAACAUACUAUCUGGCAAAUCUGGGUCACUGAUGAUUAGAUGCGGGUUCUACUUUACAUUCUUCUGGGUUCUGAUUCUUUCAGUGAGCUUCAAAAUAGGAAGUUAUAUUUAUACCAGGUGAUUCUGUAUCAGUAGAAACAGAACAUAGACCUUAUCAAAAAAUAUUAAAAAAUAAUCAUUAGAAAAGAGAGGGAUAGACUAUUACAAUGGAUAUUUAUUGACACUAAAAAUCAGGGAAUAGUGUUACAGCAUUACCAUUAUGGUAGAAAGUGGUGGAUAAGAACAGUUGAGACAUAAAAGUACAUCUGAUUUUUGUUAGUUAUCAUCAUUUAUAUUAAUUUAUUACCAUCCUCAAAACCUUUGCAUGUGA